AUAUUGUUUUUAAUUUUUUUCUAAAUUAUUACCAAUAUGCCCCUGAUUUUUUAAAAGAUUUAAGGAGCCAGUGCCUCCUUAACUUUUAUAUGUGUCUGUCCUUAUACGCAUAUCAUGUUGUCAAUCAAAUCUAAACAAUGGCUGAAAUGUCACUUUGAUGUUAACAAUUAAGUUGAUCUACAUAUUUUAAUAAUCUUAACCCAAAAAGGCUAAGUUAUUUUGCAUAUCUAUUAUCCUAUAUAUGGGUAAAGAUAAAGAUGACCCCAUGUAUAGGAUAAUAGAUAUGUGGUCAUCUUUAUCUUACCCAUGUAUAGGAUACUAAGCAAAUGACCUUCAUUGUAUUCCACAUCUUGAAUCUUAAUUCGUAUCAUAACAUGCUAUUUCUUAUAUUUCCAGUACUUUCCAUCUUCUUCCUACUCCAUUCUAUGGAGCAUGUGGAAGAAAUUAAAAACCAGCAGUGGCAACCCGCUAAACCUGCCACCUGGACCCAAAAAGCUACCUAUCACAGGAAAUAUGCACCAGUUGAUUGGCUAUCUACCCCAUCGCAGGCUGAGAGACUUGGCAAAGAAAUAUGGGCCAAUUAUGCACCUUCAAUUUGGACAAGUAUCGACAAUUGUCAUUUCUUCUUCAGGAACAGCUAAGGAAAUAAUGAAAACUCAUAAUGUCAUCUUUGCUCAGAGGCCCUUCGUCCUGGUUGCAGAAAGUUGUAUUUUACAACCGAGGAGAUAUUAUUAUUUUUGCAUCUUAUGGAGACUACCGGUGGCAGCUUCGAAAAAUUGUACACUGGAGCUUCUUAGUUCAAAACGUGUGCAAUUGUUCCAAUCGAUCAGAGAAGAAGAGGUAUCAAAUCUCAAUAAAUCUAUAUCUUCCAGUGCAGGAUCUCCCGUCAACCUUAGCAAAAUGUUGUUUUCUUCAUCGUGUUGUGCUCUGCAAGAAAUGCAAAGACCAGGAAACAUUCAUGCCACUUGCUAAGGAAACUGUUAACAAGAUGCAAGGCUUUAGCGUUGCAGAGUUUUCCCUCUAUUAAAUUGCUUCGUGUGAUUACUGGAAUUCAGUACAGACUCGAGAAAUUGCAUAAAAGGCUAGAUAUGUUGCUUGAGAACAUAAUCAAUGAACAUAGAAUUUACUGGGCAACAGCAAAAGGUGAUCAGGGUGAAGCUGAAUUGGAAGAUAUUGUUCAUACUCUGUUGAAUCUUCAAGAACAUGGCGACCUUGAAUUUCCAUUAACAACAAACAAUAUCAAAGCAAUUAUCCUGGAGAUGUUUAUUGCUGGGACUGAUACAUCAGCGACAGUGGUAGAAUGGGCAAUAUCAGAACUGAUAAAAAAUCCAAGAGUGAUGAGUAAAGCACAAGCAGAAGUGAGGCAAGUUCUUAACAGAAAAAGAAAUGUUGAGGAAGCAGGGCUUGAAGAAUUGAAGUACUUAAAGACAGUGAUCAAAGAAACUCUGAGGAUACACAUUCCAGGUCCAUUGCUAUCUCCCAGGGAAAAUAAAGAGCAAUGCCAAAUCAAUGGAUACAACAUUCACAUCAAGACUAGAGUCAUUGUGAAUGCAUGGGCAAUUGGAAGGGAUCCAGAUUAUUGGAUUGGUGCUGAAAAGUUUUAUCCAGAGAGAUUUUUGGAAUGCAAAAUUGAAUUCAGGGGAAGUAAUUUUGAAUUUUUGCCGUUUGGGGCUGGAAGGAGGAUGUGUCCAGGUCUGUCAUUUGGUAUAGCUAAUUUGGAGCUUCCACUUGCACAGUUAUCGUAUCAUUGUAAUUGGGAACUACCUCAUAAUUCCAAGAAAGAAGAACUGGACAUGAGGGAUGCCUUUGGGACUAUAGUUAGAAGAAAAUUUGAUCUGUGUGUAAUUCCUAUUCCAUGCCAUCCCUGAAGUAUGAAACUUUAUCAUCUCUCUAUAAAAAAUAAAUAAAUAAUUAUUUAUAUA